AUGAGUCGCGGAGAACGUCGUGCAGCUCCAGCCAUCGAAGGUCUCAUCUCAAUCAAAGUCGACAAUUUGUCCUACAACACUUCGGCUCAAGAUCUUCGAAGACUUUUCGAUAAAUAUGGAGAGAUUGGAGAUGUUCAUAUUCCAAGGGAUAAAUAUUCGAAACAAUCGAGAGGUUUCGGAUUUGUCAGAUUUCAUGAGUGAGUUUUGGUAUUUGAGCAAAAAUGAGCUUGAAAAAUCACAAAUUUUGAGCAAAUCUGGCAGGUUAAGCAACGUUGACUCGGGUUAGUCGCUAGUUCGAACCCCACCCGGAACUUUUAUUUUAUAUGGAUCUUUUUUAUACGACCUUCGGAACAUCUUUCCAUCAAAAAUAACAAAAAAAGAUCCGGGUGGGGUUCGAACUAGCGGGACUAACCCGAGUCAACGUUGCUUAACCUGCCAGAUUGGAGACAAAAUUCCUCGUUUUUGGCUCAUUUUUGCAGUCAAAAAUAACUGAAAAUACAAAAUUUUUGCAGUAAACGCGACGCGGAAUACGCGGCGCAACGUUGCGAUGGAAAACACGUGGAUGGUCGUGAACUUCGUGUAACUGUCGCCAAAUACGAUCGUCCGCCACCAAAUGGUGAUAAUAAUCGAGAUAGAGGAGAUAGGGAUAGAAGAAGGUGAGGCAGGCAAAAAAUAUUUGGAAAUAUUUAUAUAAAAAACUAACCUACAGUUGCUGGAAAGCUGAAAUUUGGCUGGAAAUCUGAGGAGAGCUCAGAUAAAGCUGUAAUUAGCUGAAACUCCGAGAUUUUUGCCGGGGAAGCUGAUAAAAUGCUAUAAUUUUUGCUGGGGAAGCUGAAGAGUUGCUGUAACUUCUAACUGCUAGCUGAAACUUAGCUGAAAACUCAAGAGACUGAGCUGAUGAAAGGCUGUAAUUUUUUGGUUGAAAUUCCCCGAGAAUGCUGAAUUUUAGCUGAAAUCUAUGAGAUUGCUAAAAAUUUGGCUGUAAGUUGAAUGAAAUGUGUUGUAUAUUCAAAAAAAAACUCUGAAAUUCUUGGAUUUUUCUCGAAAAUCUAAUAAGGAAGAUUCUGAAAUUAUUUUCAGAGAAAAAUUAUCUGAAAAUUUAGAAUUCUACUAACCUGAAUCAAGAUUUUCACCGAAAAUUGUCAUUUUCUUCCCCCACCCCAAAAUUCUAGACAAAAAUCAAAAUAUUUUUUCCAGAUCCCGUUCGCCACGUGGUGGCCGCGGAAACCGCCGCUCGCGCUCGCCACGUCGUCGCCAAUCCCCACCGCGUCGCCGCUCUCGCUCACCACCGACUCGUCGCCGAAGCCGCACACGUUCGCCACCCGGACGCUCACCGUCUCGUUCACGCUCGCCAUCUCGUGAACGCCGUGAAGAAUCGCGCUCACGUUCGCGUUCAAGAUCCGCGUCGCGUUCGCCUUCCGCGUCACCGCAACGUGCCGCUUCUUCGCGCUCGCCAUCAAAAAGCCGCUCAAGAUCACCCUAA